AUGACUCCUCAACAGCAGCUCCUCUACCAGCAGAAACUAAAGGAGAUGCAGCUGGCUCAGAUGCAACCUCCUCGUAAGCAGGGCUUCUUGGACAUCAUAAAGGAAGGUGCGAUGCACGGCAUUGGCUGGGCUUUCGGACAGCGCCUGGUCGACUCCAUCCUAGGCCCGCGAACAAUGAACAUCGGCGGCUUCAACAACACCGACAACAGCAACAGCGAUGGCCAUGUGGGCAGCGGUAACGAAGGAAACGCGCCGACCUCCGGAUCGUCAGGUUUUAUGAACGAUUCCAACGAUAACUCCCACUUCGAUGAGGAAGGUGGAGACAAUUCGGGUUGGAGUUGGGGCAACGACUGGUUCAACGAUGAUGAUGAGUAA